GUGCAAAAGUGCCGAGAAAAAACAGAGCAUCUCAAUUCUCCACUCUUAAAAAACAGAGCAACUACUCAAUUCUUCACUCUGUUUCCCCUUACCUUACACACUCUAACACAUGGAUUCACCUUCCUCCUUCUUCAACUCACCCUCUUCCGGUUUCUGCUCCGAAUCUUCCUCUCCGGAAGCCUUCUCGUGGGAAGGGUACCUACCCUUCAACGAGAACGACCCGGAGGAGAUGCUUCUAUACGGCAUGAUCGCCGGCGCGACAACCGAGGAGCACUCCGGCGAGAGGGCGAGCUCGGAGGAGAGUGCUGCAGCACGGAAGGAGAAGUCGUACCGCGGCGUACGGCGGCGGCCGUGGGGGAAGUUCGCGGCGGAGAUAAGGGACUCCACGCGCCACGGGAUGAGGGUGUGGCUGGGGACAUUCGACAGCGCCGAAGCCGCGGCUCUGGCUUACGACCAAGCCGCGUUCUCCAUGCGCGGCUCGGCGGCGAUUCUCAACUUCCCCGCGGAGAUCGUUAGAGAGUCGCUUAAAGAGAUGAACUACGCUCAUGAUGAUUCCAACAACGAAGAAGGGUGCUCCCCUGUUGUCGCUCUCAAGAGGAAACACUCUUUGAGAAGGAAAAUUAACGUCAGGAAGAAGAAGAACAACAAUAACAAUAGCAAACUACAAAGUAGUACCGUAGACAAUGCUGUCGUGUUUGAAGACCUUGGUCCUGAUUACUUGGAACAGCUGUUGAUGUCCUCUGAUCAUCAUAUUCCCACCACCUUCUGAUUCAUUUAUUCCUCAAUUGCAAUUCAGAUCUCAAAAACCUUAUAAAUAUCCAUUGCAUAGUUUCUACCUAGGGUUUUUGUGUUAGUAGUGUUAAUUCCUUCUUCUUCUUUGUUCUUUUGUUUUUGUAAGGCUAAAAUGCUUAGGUCAUGUUUGGAUGACAGAUUUGAACUUCUUUUCAGUUCUUAUCUUUUUUUCUUUGUUUUUGUUUUUGUUUUCCUACUCUGGGAGAAUUUUCUUCUUUUUUUUUUUUUUUUUUUUGUAAAGAUUAGAAGAUAAGGAAUGCAGUAAUCUUUGUGGGGCUGAAUAUAUGUCAAAUUGUCGAUAUUAAUUGAGGUGACUGGGACUGUUGUUUUAGCUUUA